AUGUCGAUUCGUUCAGGUAUGGUGAAAGUGGAAAUUGUACAGACGAAGCCUUUUCAAGGGCAAAAACCAGGAACAAGUGGACUGAGGAAGAGGGUUCCUGAAUUCCAACAGCAACACUAUACUGAGAACUUCAUACAGUGCGUUUUGGAUGGCGGUCUAGGAUCAAAGAAGAAGGGUGCUACCCUGGUCGUUGGUGGCGAUGGGAGAUUCCUGUGCAAAGAGGCUGUAAACGUCAUAAUCAAAAUUUCAGCUGCAAAUGGGGUAAGCCAUUUAAUUAUUGGGCAGAAUGGUUUCCUGUCGACUCCUGCUGUUUCCAAUUUGAUCAGGAAAGGGUUCCAGGGAAAGAAAAUUGAUGGAGGAAUAAUUCUCACGGCCAGCCACAAUCCAGGAGGUCCUAAAGCUGAUUUUGGAAUAAAGUUCAACUGCGAGAAUGGUGGACCAGCCCCUGACGGCGUGAGUUAUUCAGCGUAUGAAUCACGAGAAGACCGGGCGAUUGCAUGGUGA